AUGGGUAGCUGUUGUAGCUGUCCAGAUAAAGACACUGUCCCAGAUAACCAUCGGAACAAGUUUAAGGUCAUUAAUGUGGAUGAUGAUGGGAAUGAGUUAGGUUCUGGCAUAAUGGAACUUACAGAGACAGAACUGAUCUUAUACACUCGCAAACGUGACUCGGUGAAAUGGCACUACCUCUGCCUGCGACGCUAUGGCUAUGAUUCAAAUCUCUUCUCUUUUGAAAGUGGUCGACGAUGUCAAACUGGACAAGGAAUCUUUGCCUUUAAGUGUGCCCGUGCAGAAGAAUUAUUUAACAUGUUGCAAGAGAUAAUGCAAAAUAACAGUAUAAAUGUGGUGGAAGAGCCAGUUGUUGAAAGGAAUAAUCAUCAGACGGAAUUGGAAGUCCCCAGAACACCUCGAACACCUACAACUCCAGGGUUUGCUGCUCAGAACUUACCUAAUGGAUAUCCCCGAUAUCCCUCAUUUGGAGAUGCUUCAUCCCACCCAUCAAGCAGGCACCCUUCUGUGGGAAGUGCUCGCUUGCCUUCAGUGGGAGAAGAAUCUACACAUCCUUUGCUUGUGGCCGAGGAACAGGUACAUACCUAUGUCAAUACUACAGGUGUGCAAGAAGAGCGGAAAAAUUGUGCAGCUGUGCAUGUCCCCUUGGAGGCGAGGAUUUCUAAUGCUGAAAGCAACACUCCAAAAGAAGAACCAAGUAGCAUCGAGGACAGGGACCCUCAGAUUCUUCUUGAACCUGAAGUAGUUAGAUUUGUCUUAGGACCAACUCCUGUUCAAAAGCAAUUAAUGGAAAAAGAGAAAAUGGAGAAAAUUGGAAGAGAUCAAGUCAGCGGGAGUGGUGCAAAUAACACAGAAUGGGACACUGGCUAUGACAGUGAUGAGCGAAGAGAUGCACCCUCUGUUAACAAGCUGGUGUAUGAGAAUAUAAAUGGGCUAUCUGUCCCUAGUGCCUCCGGGGUCCGGAGAGGUCGUCUGACAUCCGCCAGUACCUCAGACACCCAAAACAUCAACAACUCCGCUCAGAGAAGAACUGCAUUAUUGAACUAUGAAAAUUUACCAUCUUUGCCUCCUGUUUGGGAAGCCCGCAAACUAAGUAGGGAUGAAGAUGACAAUUUAGGACCAAAGACCCCAUCUCUAAAUGGCUACCAUAAUAAUCUAGAUCCAAUGCAUAACUAUGUAAAUACAGAGAAUGUAACAGUGCCAGCAAGUGCUCACAAAAUAGAAUAUUCAAGGCGUCGGGAUUGUAUACCGACAGUCUUUAACUUUGAUAUCAGACGCCCGAGUUUAGAACACAGGCAGCUCAAUUAUAUACAGGUUGACUUGGAAGGGGGCAGUGACUCCGACAACCCUCAGACUCCAAAAACACCUACAACUCCUCUUCCACAGACCCCUACCAGGCGCACAGAGCUGUAUGCUGUGAUAGACAUCGAGAAAACUGCUGCUAUGUCCAAUUUGCAGAAAGCACUACCACGAGAUGAUGGUACAUCUAGGAAAACUAGACAUAAUAGUACUGAUCUGCCUAUGUGA